UUCUUCUUCUUCUUCAAGAAACAGAGUCUUGGUCAAAGAAAGAUCGAAUCUUGAAAGGCAAAGAAUCAUGUCGAUGAUGAUUCCAAGCCUUGAAGCCUGCAAGAAGAGGAAGCGAAGGCCAAAGGUUUAUGGGUUCCAUUCAUUUGGGGAACCCGGCUACCCGAUUCUUCCACUGGGUCCAUUCCGUGAUAACAUUCGUCUCUUUCUUCAACAAUGUGCAGAGCUGGAGAGUUACAGUGUUCAGGGCAUGCCCGUUUGGUGCACUCUUCUUGUUCAUGACAACCGAAGCCUUGUUCUUCCUCUCUACACCAUUGAAGAGAACGUCAAGACCUCCGACACCCCCUUCUGCGAUUACUGCCGAUGCACUGCUUCUCUGUUCUGCCAUCUUCAGCUUACUUCUCAGCUUCCUGGUUUGGACAUGGCAUGUUGUUAUUGUUGUUUAGGUUGGAGUAACCAUUUUGUAUCGAAGAGAAAGUACCACAUGAUAAUUCCAAUGGAUGAUGACUGGAAUAAGCCUUUGGAUGAUGGUAUCUUGGAUGUUUCAACCCAUCUCUUACAUGGGUUAAUUCACUGUAAUGGGUUUGCUCAUUUGCUAUGCAUCAAUGGACUUGAAGGUGGUUCUAAGCAUCUUUGUGGCAGAGAGCUCAUGGAUCUUUGGGAUCGGAUCUGCAUUAAUCUUCGAACCAGGAAAAUCACAGUCGAAGAUGUCUCAAAGAAACGGUCCAUGGAACUUCGCCUGCUCCAUGGAGUUGCUUAUGGGCAUCCUUGGUUUGGUAGAUGGGGUUACAAAUUUUGCCAUGGAAGCUUUGGCGUCAAAGAGCACAUUUAUGAAAGAGCACUUGAGAUACUCAGCUCAUUAAAACUUGAAAAGAUCAUCCAAGAUUUUAGUGACUUGGACCAGUAUGAAGAGCUGAAGAAAAUUGUUCGUUACUACAGAUAUUUGAGUGAAACACAGUUAGUUACUAUCAAAGAUCUUCUCAGAUUUAUGCUUACUAUCAAGGCUUGCUUUCCUGCACAGAGAAACUCGCUACUUCCUACUGCAAAACCUGCAGAUGUGAUUGAGAAAGCAAAACCUGCAACCAGAGAAUCCGUUAAGAUCAAGCCUCUGAUAAAGCAAAAGUCUUCAAAGUAUAGGAAGUUUGCUACUGUUGUUUCUCACAUGGAUAGCAGAUGGCCUGCCAGAAGACUAGAGUUUGCAGCAGAUGUGAUUGUGAAUGCGCUGAAAGAAAAGAAAGAGAAGGACUUUAGAAAUGGUGGGAUGGCCCGGCAAGAUGUGCGAGAUGCAGCUAGGUUGCAUAUUGGAGAUACAGGUUUGUUGGAUUAUGUGCUGAAAUCACUGAACAAUGUGGUUGUUGGGAAUCAGGUUGUCUGUCGUUCAGUGAAUCCAACCACUCGGAUUUUGGAAUAUACGGUUCAUGAUCUUAAUGAUGGGGAUAAAGUGUCUGAACCUGAGAAAGAGAUGCUUCCCCUACCCCCUCCACCAGCUGCUCCAGUUCCUGGAAUUGAUGUUUACAGUGAUGUUCUUUAUUUGUAUGAGCAUGUACUGUUGGGAUAUCCAGAAUCUGGAUUGCUAGAGUUGGCUACACAAGCAGUAUUGGACACUAAGCACUUUGUAAAGGAAUGUCCAUUUAGGGAUGAGAAAGAGCAGUUACUGACAUUGUUUUGCCAAAUCUUGCCAAGUUUGACUGAUAAGGAAAUUGAAUUCAAGAGGGAGUUGCCUCCAGGUGAGAUAGUGGUAAUGCCACUGGAUGCAACUGUUGGAGAGCUAAAGCAGGAAGCUGAGAGUGCAAUGAGGGAUACAUAUUGUAUCACAGAACAGUUUGUGGUGAUGGAAAUCAAAGGCUUGGAGGAAUCAGAUGAUAUGGAAGUGCUUUCUGGAGCAGUUCAAUCGGGUACAGAGGUUGGAGUGAGAGGGAGUGGGAUAGAUUUAGACACACCGUUGAGGUACCAAGGGGGAUCGGACACAUGGAUGGUGAGAUGUGAAUGUGGGGCUACAGAUGAUGAUGGUGAAAGGAUGGUGGCCUGUGAUAUAUGCGAAGUGUGGCAGCAUACACGCUGCUGUGGAAUGGAGGAUGCUGAUGAAGUCCCACGUCUGUUCAUUUGCUCAACAUGUUACGUUUCACUUGUUCCGCCUAAAACUGAACCUGCAGCUAAAUUUGACUGUUCCACUGCGUUUCUGGAGUGGAGACAAUGAAUAUGGACCAGGCUUUGGGUACUAAUAUGCGUCUUAGAAUUCUACUGCAGACUUUUUGCACACCGACGGAUAUGUUUUGUGCUGAUAAAGACUGUCAAACUGUCAAUGCAUAAAGAUGGUGCAUUUUUGUUUCUCCAAUGGUGUAGAUAAGUAAAUGUCAUGUUGAAUAGCUCAUUCUUUUGAACAGAUCAACAAUCAUCAAUAGUUCAAUACAGAAUUCUUUUACCUCUCUCUCUCUCUCUCUCUCUGUGCCCCCCCCAAAUUCAGAUUGUCAUUCUAGGGAAGAAAGGAAAAGAUAAGAAAAUUGAUCAAAGUGCUUUUCUGUUCAGAUUACAUAAACAGUUUAUGCAAAAGAUAAUCUGAUAGAUACA